AUGUCUUCAGCUCGCGAUAUCAACGCUGGCGUUCCAAUCGCUCACAGGCGGGUCUCAAUCAGCACCCAAAACCUUUCGACAUCGCCCACUGCCACCUUCCAGUCGCCUCCCGCCAGCUUUGGCACCGGAUUGCAGCCUCGCAGAAGUGUUCCCAAAGUCCUAAAGCCCUUUAAUACCCAGGACAUCAAGAUUUUGUUGCUGGAAAAUGUCAACCAGACCGGACGAGACAUCCUCACCGGCCAAGGCUACCAAGUGGAAGCCCUGAAGACCUCCCUUCCAGAGGACCAGCUUAUUGAAAAGAUCCGUGACGUCCACGUUAUCGGAAUCCGAUCAAAGACCAAGCUGAGCGAAAGGGUUCUAAGCGAAGCCAAGAAUCUGAUUGUCAUUGGAUGCUUCUGUAUCGGAACCAACCAGGUUGACCUCAACUACGCUGCCCGCCGUGGGAUUGCUGUCUUCAACUCUCCCUUUGCCAACUCCCGCAGUGUUGCAGAAUUGGUCAUUGCCGAAAUCAUCACCCUCGCACGACAACUCGGCGAUCGAUCGCUUGAAAUGCACCGUGGUACCUGGAACAAAGUCAGCGCCAAAUGCUGGGAGGUUCGUGGAAAGACAUUGGGAAUUGUUGGCUAUGGCCAUAUCGGCUCUCAAUUGUCGGUCCUCGCGGAGGCUUUGGGCAUGAACGUCAUCUACUAUGAUGUGGUAACUUUGAUGGCACUGGGAACCGCCCGCCAGGUUCCUACACUGGACAACCUCCUGGAGGAGGCCGAUUUCGUGACUCUCCACGUACCAGACCUCCCCGAAACGAGAAAUAUGAUCUCAACUGCUCAGCUGAAUCGUAUGAAGGAGGGGUCAUAUUUAAUCAACGCAAGCCGUGGAACAGUUGUAGAUAUCCCUGCUUUGAUCGUGGCCAUGCGCUCAGGAAACAUUGCGGGCGCUGCUUUGGACGUUUACCCCAAUGAGCCGGCUGGCAACGGCGACUAUUUCACCAACAACCUGAACCAAUGGGGUGAAGAUCUCCGCAGCUUGAGCAACCUCAUUCUCACCCCCCAUAUCGGCGGUAGCACAGAAGAAGCACAGAGCGCAAUUGGUGUUGAAGUCGCCGACGCAUUGGUCCGCUACAUUAACCUUGGUAUCACUCUGGGCAGUGUCAACCUUCCGGAAGUUCAGCUACGAUCCCUGACUAUGGACGAGCCAGAUCACGCCCGAAUUAUCUAUAUUCACCGAAAUGUCCCUGGUGUGCUGCGUAAAGUCAACGAGAUCCUAGGUGACCAUAACGUCGACAAGCAGCUCAGUGAUAGCAGAGGAGAUCUGGCAUAUCUGAUGGCCGAUAUUAGCAACGUAAGAUAUGAGCAAAUCAAGGAUAUCGCCGAUAGCUUGGAUGGCCUAAGCUCAUGCAUUAUGACAAGAGUUCUCUACUAG